AUGGCGCCGUCUAUAACAACAGAUUUCCAAGAUAACCUCAUAAAUGGGUACAGGACGUUAAUAGCGGACAUACAAGUCCGGACUCAAAAGUCCCGCGAGGACAUGGACACCCUCGUGUCGCAGAUCAAGCUACUGAUGAAGAAUGAAGCUGAUAAAGCUAUCAAUUACAUGACGAUUUACCUCGAACAAAUAUCCCUGUAUUUUCAGGUUAUAAUUCACGAUCGUAAGCCCCGCAAUGGCACCUACUGCAAGGAGAGUAUUGUUAAGCUACUCGGGGAGAAUUUGCAGCUCGCCGAUGAAAAUGUAACCUUAUGCCUAGCCUUGGGCUAUCAGCGGGUGCAGCGUUUGCCCGAAAAGUUACAAGUACAUUUCGAAACGUUGGAAAAUCUAAAGAAGUAUUCGGCUUCGAAAUUAUUCGAAUGUCAGAAACAGCAGCAAGUAGGCGGCAACUGUUCUCAUGAAAGUCAGGACCUUGAAAGGACUGUGUUUUUAUACGAAACUUCACCGUUUCCUGUAGUGAUGGCGGAGAUAGCAAUUCACGGUUUCAAAGAAGUAUCCGACUUGAGCGUUUGUCUCAAAGAUAUCAUAUCACGAAUGAUGACGCACUCCGUUAAAGUCAUCGGGGACUUUAACAGGUGCAUUCACAAUAUUGAAAUGCCAAAACUUAAAUAUUUACUCAAGUUCAUGAAGAAAUAUGCAUGAAAAUUUAAUUUGUAAAAAUCUUUUGCAAUUAUCGUAAAGGCAUAAUUGGAAUAUUAUUUAAAAAAAAAAUUAGCAUGAGAGAUUGUAUGUAGUAUUUGAUAAAUAAUUAAUCUCUCUUCUGUAUUGUUAAUCUCUAAACUUGGAGAUAGUGUUUAAAUAGCUUUGUGUUCUCAAGGUCGCAAAAAGCUGAACCGCAUCGCUUCAAAGCGAUUUCUUGUGAAUCAGAUAGAGAAGUUUAUGAGGAAUUUCUAUUCUGUAAUAAUUAUAAUUUUUGUUAACAUUUAACAAUAUUUUAAUAAACUACACAACUACAAUC